AUGUCUGUAUAUGUGCUAGGAGCGGGUGCCAUGGGCUCCCUAGUAGCACACGAGUUAGCUCUCGGUGGAAAAUUGGUACCAACACUUCUCCUCAAGUCGAGAAGGCGUUUGGAAGCUUUUCACAACGAAAAUUCUACAAUUUCGGUAGUCAGACCUCUGGGAUCGGAAUCUGUGAGCAGCAAAGUGAAGCUUAAUGCACUUGUGGGCCCUCCAGUGGGCAAGGACGGCAAAAUUGGACAUAUCGACAACUUAAUUAUCUCCACAAAGACUUAUGCAACAUUCCAUGCUCUUCAGCCAUACCUUGCUAAUAUUUCCAAAGAUACGAAUGUUCUCAUUCUCCAAAAUGGAAUGGGAAUGGUUCCCGCAUUGAGGAAACGGUUUUGGUCCCAGCCACACCAUGUGCCCAACAUUUACCAGGCAAUUUCAACCCAUGGAGCAUAUAAACUGACACCAACCAGUAUACAUCAUGUUGGGCUUGGAUCUCUAGCGAUUUCGCAUAUACCAGACUCAUCAAGUCCAGAAAUAUCGGCUACUGAACACCCGCAGCUUAUCCAGGCUGUGUUGGAUGCUUCAGCUCUAAAUGCUACAUAUAAACCAUACGACGAGUUUCUCUUGAUUCAAAUGGAAAAAUUGGUGGUCAACGCAUGCAUAAACCCUCUAACGGCAGUGCUAGAUUGUUUCAAUGGAGAGUUGCUCAAUGGGAAACAUAUCGUUCAAAUGAUGAAGAGAGUGGUCAAAGAAUGUGUGGACUGUUUCCGAGAAGAAUACCCACAGUUAGAUGAUAUUCCAACUUCCAGCACAUAUUUGGACUACGACCGUCUUCUAGCCACAGUAUUGGAAAUAUGCAAGCUUACUAGCCAGAAUAGUUCUUCCAUGAGAGAAGACUUGCGUAGCCUCAAUACUACUGAAAUCGACUGGAUCAAUGGAUAUAUUGUUGGUUUGGGAUACAAACACCGAAUUCCCACUCCCAUGAACAAGACAUUGGUGAAUUUGGUGACUACGAAGCUUUCAAUUGAGAGAAGUCGUGAGAGCUUGGCACUCGAAAAAUCUGUCUUCUAG